AUGUCCUCAGAGGAAAUAUCAAGAAGCAACGAUUCCAAGUGGCAUACUUUCAGUGAAUUCUGGUUAAUAAGUGCACCUGGUAAUAAAACUGGGGAAGAAACUUAUCAAAAACUACACAACUUAAUUAAGAAAAAUAAUGCUGGAUAUGUUUUCAAAUUUCAUAUUCCAGAGUUGAAGGUUGGAACAUUAGAUUUGCUGGUUGGAUUAUCUGAAGAAUUAACCAAACUUGACACAUAUAUUGAAAGUUUAGUUAGGAAGUUGGUGCAGUAUCUCUGUGAUGUUUUGGAAGGGGAAAGAGUUAAAUUGAUUGAAAACCUCAUGAUAAAUGGAAUUGCUCCAACUGCUUACAUUUCCAAGUUCACUUGGGAUGAGGCCAAAUAUUCUUCUAAACAACCACUUCGAAAUAUUACAGAUGCUAUUGCAAAGAACAUGACUCAGUCAGAAAAUGAGUUGAAGACAAAAUCCCAAUCAUACAAUGCCUUGAAAACCAACAUUCAGAAUAUUGAGAGAAAAUCCACAGGAAGCUUAAUGACUAGAACACUGACAGAUUUAGUUAAAAAGGAACAUUUCAUUUUGAAUUCAACAUAUCUAACUACUCUUUUAGUUGUUGUUCCAAGUGCCUCAAAAAAGGAUUGGCUUGGAAAGUAUGAAACACUGACAGACAUGAUUGCACCAGAGAGUUCAACCCUUGUAACCGAAGAUUCUGAGCACUGCCUCUUCACAGUCACACUUUUCAGGAAAGUUGUUGAGGAGUUCAAAUUAAAAUGCCGAGAAAAUAAGUUUGUUGUUCGAGAUUUUGAAUACAAUGAACAAGAGAUGGAGGAUGGCAAGAAAGAAAUUAUGAAACUUAACACUGAUAAGGCUAAACAAGAAGGACCUUUGAUAAGAUGGUUGAAAACAAAUUUUACUGAAACAUUCUCAGGCUGGCUCCACGUGAAAGCACUCAGAACUUUCAUUGAAUCUAUUCUAAGAUAUGGCUUGCCUGUUAAUUUUCAAGCAAUGGUAAUCGCUCCUCCAAAACGAAAUAUGAAGAAAAUAAAGGAGCUGUUGAAUCAGCAUUACUUGCAUUUGGAUGCUUCAGGUACCUACGACGCCAAAACUGAGAUGGAUGAUAUCCCUGGCUUCACGAUGAGCAGCGUUGAAUACUAUCCUUAUGUUUACUUCAAAAUUAAUCUUGAUAUGUUUGAUAUGUAUAAGGCUUAA